AUGCCAGUCACCGUCGAUCCUUCGAGCAAUGCGAACGGAGUAGCCAAGCCCGGCGCCAAGGGAAAGUCGAAGAACCAGUUCCGACGAGCAAAGAACAAGGCUAAGAAGGAGCAACAGCAAAAUGAACCGGCAGCGACAUCCAAGGUCAAGUUUGAGGAAGAGUCGGAUAGAGGGAUGGAUGUAGAUGGACAGAGUGAUGUCGAGUACGUGUCUGAGGCGAUUGACGUUAAAGCACCUGGUCUGGAAGCCUUCUCCAACGUUUUUGCCCGUUUCCAGGCAGACGAAUCCUCUACAGACGUUAAAGAAGAAAAAGUUGCGACCAAGGGAGAUAUCAUCUAUUCCGAUGAGGAGAUGCCCUCGGACGACGAAGCCUCGGACAACGAGAAGAAGACCAUGUCCAAGCGCAAGCAGAAGAAAAUGGCUCGACUCUCAGUGGCCGAAUUAAAACAGCUCGUCAAGAAACCCGAAGUCGUCGAAUGGACCGAUGUUUCUGCUUCCGACCCGCGAUUGCUCCUCCACCUCAAGUCUUAUCGCAACACCAUUCCCAUUCCUGCUCACUGGUCUGCAAAACGUGACUACCUCCAAGGGAAGCGUGGUAUUGAAAAGCCUCCGUUCCAGCUUCCCGCAUUCAUUGCCGAUACCGGAAUUGCCACGAUGAGAGACGCGGUCAAGGAAAAGGAAGCAAACAUGAGCUUGAAGGCCAAAACUCGUGAGCGCGUCCAGCCUAAGAUGGGUAAGAUCGAUAUCGACUACCAAAAGCUCCACGAUGCAUUUUUCAAGUUCCAGACCAAGCCUCCUCUGACUGGAUACGGUGAAAUGUACUACGAGGGAAAGGAGUUUGAGACUUCAUUAAAAGAAAAGAGGCCGGGUGAUCUUUCCGCUGAACUCGUGGAAGCGCUUUCAAUUCCACCUCUAGCCCCACCACCCUGGCUGAUUAGUAUGCAAAGAUUCGGUCCACCACCGAGUUACCCCACGCUUAAAAUCCCAGGACUUAACGCUCCUAUUCCGGAAGGUGCACAGUGGGGUUUCCAUCCUGGUGGCUGGGGUAAGCCUCCUCUGGAUGAGUACAACAGACCGUUGUAUGGAGACGUGUUUGGUGUAUUGGCUAAACCAGAAGCCGAGGAAACCGAGCCUAUUGACAGAACGUUGUGGGGAGAGCUUGAGCCCGAGGAAGAAGAUUCAGAAUCAGAGGAGGAGGAAGAGGAAGAGGAGGAAGAGGAGGAAAUGGAGCAAGAUGAGGAUGGCGAGGCUGCCCCAUCUGCUGACGGAUUACAGACGCCUUCAGGAUUGGAAACUCCCUCUGGACUCACUUCAGUGGUGUCAACCGUACCCGGCGGAAUCGAGACCCCCGAUUUCCUCGAACUACGCAAGCGCGACUCUGGUGCCGUCGAAGCAUCUUCUGGGCCAAAACAACUGUACCAGGUGGUGCCCGAGCGGCAAACGGCUGUGCGUGGACUUAUGGGCAGCGAACGCGGCUACGACCUUGGUUCCAUUGGGGCGACUGGAGCAGGCGUUCCUGUUCUGGGUGAAGAGCGAUCGAGUAAACGCCGAGACGGGGUGGAUGUAUCAAUCGAUGCCUCCGAGCUUGAGGGGCUUACCCAGGACCAAAUUCGAGCCAAAUAUGAUGCCAUGUCCCGAGGUAAUGCUGGUGUACCCGGCUCUGCCAACAAGGAGGAUUUCUCGGAUCUUAUUUCGAAAGAAACAGCAAAGCGCAAGGCCAAGGCCGAAGCGACCAAAGCCAAGGGCAAAGAGAAAGAGUUCAAAUUUUGA